UGAUUUUUUUACUGCAUUAAAUGAAGUGAUCUAAUUUUGUACGAAAUUUGAACGUGCAAAUUUUUAAUAUAACAUUUAGUUUUGAAUAUCUGAAAGCUAUCAUAAUUCGCUCAAAGUCACGCACAUUACUUCAAAGUUUAUGCGCAGAAGUAGCUUUCAAAAACUAUUUCUAACUUUAUAAGACCUUCCUGCGACUACAGAAUGUCGUCAACAAAAGAACUUGGCGGGGGCAAGUACCUUUACGACGAACAGAAAACACUGGGUCGUGGUGCGUUUGGGGUCGUGUACUUGGGUCGCAUUAAUGACUCAUCUCGCAAGUUGGUGGCUGUGAAAUGUAUAGACUGUAAGGAUGAUGACAGAGACAGUCUGAUGUUAGUGUUCCACGAGGCCACUCUCCUGCUCACGCUCAAGCACGACAACAUCGUCCAGACGUACAAUUGCUACCCGACGGAAUCUUACAUUUAUCUCGUCAUGGACUUCUGCAACGGCGGAGAUCUAAGCGAUGUCCUCAGUAAAGUCGAGAAACUCCCAGAACCUGUCAUCCAAAUGUUCUUGAAACAAAUCGCCGCCGGUCUGGGCUACAUACACUCCCAGAACAUCAUUCACCGUGAUCUGAAGCCGCAGAAUAUCUUAGUUCACUGUGACAAAGCCAGCAAAAGUAAAGACUUCGAACUGGAUGAAAUAGUGUUAAAAUUAGCCGACUUCGGCCUGGCGAAGCAGAUGGCAAAGAAUGAGAGGCUCCAGACCGGUUGUGGAACCAUCGCCUAUAUGGCACCGGAGAUCAUGUGUCAAUCGGAGUACGACUCAAAAGCCGAUAUUUGGUCACUGGGUGUUAUCCUGUACGAAUGCAUGAUGGGAAAACUUCCUUUCGAGCUGCACGACUUGCCAAACCUUUUGACACUUUACCAGAGCAAGGGUAGCGGGGGUUUGAAACUGGCAAUUCCAGAAGCCACAUCGGGACCCCUGAUGGAUCUCUUGAAGCGGAUGUUGCAGGUGUUGCCUGAGAAUAGGGGAAGUUACAAGUCAGUGACUGAGCACCCCUUCUUCAAAGCUUCAAGCAAAAAAGCUGGAGUACGUCUAUCUGAACUGUCCACCAACGCAGUCGGCUUCUCCGGUAACAAGCUUUCAAAAGAAUCUGCUGAUUCUACCGACUCAUCUGGAUAUGGCAGCAUUGGAAGUAGUAGCAGUGAGCUGUGGAAGAGAGUGAGUGUGGUGAAAGGAGACAUCACCAAUCUGAAGGUGGACGCCAUUGUCAGUGCAACAAACAGUCAGAUGAAUGGUGGCGCGGGCGUCGAUAAAGCUGUUCACGCACGAGGCGGCCCCGAGCUGACAGCCGAGUGCAAGAAUCUUGCACCAUGUCGGGUAAGCGAGGCGAAACUAACGAAAGGAUACAAGCUGCACGCCAAGCAUGUAAUACACACAGUUGGACCUUCCGAUAAGAACCAAAAACAACUGGCGCGCUGUUACGCGAACUGUUACUUGAGAAUGCUUGAAUCGGGAGCAAAGACUAUCGCGUUUUGCUGUAUUUCAACUGGAAUUCUCGGCUAUCCAAGAGUGGAAGCUGCUGCAAUCGCACUGAGCGUCACCCGUGAUAUACUCAAGAAGGUCGACUCGGACGCUAUUGAGAAGGUGACUUUCUGUUGCUUCCUGGAUGAAGACUUCCAAGUAUAUGAUCAGCUUAUCCGCAAAAAGUUCUUCCCUCGAUCUUCAUCUGAGUAGAUGACUCUUCACGGGAACGAAAUUUAAUGAUGGCGAAAACGAAACGAAAGCUUACACAACAUAUAUUUCAGACUUUUUCAGCGAGCUGGUUGAACAUCAUCCAUAUUUGUGUACGAACUUCAUCAUCUAACCACUUAAUUUGGCCCAACAAACUCGACCCAGAUAAAUUAACCUUGACUUGUUUUAUAUUGAUUAGUUGACUUCAUUUUACAGA